CACCUACACACCCCCAUGUACUUCUUCCUAUUCAAUUUGGCCAUGUUGGACAUAGGAUCAAUUUCAGUUAUGCUUCCUAAGGCUAUGGCCAUGUCUCUCAAGAAUGAAAGGUCAAUUACUUAUGCUGGAUGUGUGGCUCAAGUUUUCUUUUAUGUUUUCUUUUUCUCAUUAGAUUAUGCUGUAUUAACUAUUAUGGCGCAUGAUCGCUAUAUUGCAAUCUGCAACCCACUCCAAUAUGAGAGAAUUAUGCACAAAGAAGCCUGCCUUCAGAUGGUAGCCAUCGGGCUGAUUGUUAGUCUUCUUUAUGCCACAUUACACACUGGUGGUGCCUUUGCAAGUAGUUUCUGUUCUAAUGUUGUCAAUCAGUUCUUUUGUGAAAUUCCACAAUUAAUAAAGUUAUCCUGCUCAGGCCUUUCUGUAAUGGAAGCUGGGAUUCUUAUCCUGUCAUGUAGCAUAGGCUUAGGGUGCUUUGUCUUCAUCAUCACAACAUAUGUGCAGAUCUUUGCUGCUGUGCUCAGAAUCCCUUCUUUACAGGGUCAGAAAAAGGCCUUCUCUACUUGCCUUCCCCACCUCACCAUUGUCACAAUGUUGGUAAUCAGUGGGAUCCUUGCGUAUGGAAGGCCUCCUGCUGGUUCUUCUGAUCUGGACAUAGUUUUUGCUGUGAUAUAUAGCAUAAUACCACCCAUGUUAAAUCCAUUUGUCUAUAGUGUAAGGAACAAAGAGAUCAAGAUUGCUUUGAAGAAUCUGUUACAAGUUGUUCUUUCCUAUUAA